UCUGAGAAUGUAAUAGACGUUUCGGUGACAAUGGGGGAGAAUUUUGUGGCUGAAGGGGGAUAAUUGACUGCGGGAUCAGGUGAUCUGACGGUCAGAUUGUCAUUCGAGCUCAGAAUCUCGUGGAGUUUGUUCCUUUGUGGGGAAGACAGCAUGAUUGUUGUUUGCAAACUAAAACUGGAUCGAUCGAUUUUGCUAGUGUCGUCAUUGUCUCUGUCAUGAAGUGCACAAAUUCUUGGAAAUUAUGUAACCGAAUAAACAAUGGUCUGUUCGUCGUGACGUGUGUCUCGGUAAAAAAUUGAGUACAAAUCGUCAACUCCUAGAGGAAUUCCGUAAAAUAUCCUCAAGUAAUAAGUGAAAAAUUUUAUUAUCGACUUGAUAUUCCACUGCGCAAGAUUCGAUUUACAGGCUGAGUAUGUCAAGAAGGAAAAACGUGCAAGGAAGGGUUGAAAGACAAUUCGACAACGUGGAUUACACCCAGCUGACCGAAACCGACAAUGGUUUCGUUGAUUCACAGUUUGUAACUCCUCCAGUGAAGAUUCCAUGGAAGGCUAUUGGUUUGGCAGCCCUUCUGUUCGUUGGAGGCACAGUUAUGCUUAUCAUAGGCAGUCUUAUUGUCAGUGGCCACAUUGAUUCCAAGUACAAGGACCGAAUGUGGCCGAUGAUAAUUUUGGGUGCCUUAAUGUUCAUCCCAGGUGCCUAUCACGUUCGAGUAGCCCUCAUGGCAUACAACAAAGUUCCUGGUUAUUCAUUCGACGAUAUUCCAGAGUUUGAUUGAUACUUGCGCAAUAAAAAAGAGAAUAUAAUUUUUCCACUAAGUUGAUUAAUCGUAAGGAUAUUGAUUGUACAUAAGCGAUGCCACAACGUGCUUUUUCGUCUCUAUUCAAGAAGAAAUAAUCACUACGAAGAAGAAGCAUUUCAACAGACGUAACACAAGUAUUAAUUCUCAUAUUUCUGAUCAGCUUUUUUUCUAUUUUUUAUCGAGUACCUACGACAAUUCAAUUUAUCCUUCUUCCUCUGCAUCGAUUCUCCUGCAUUUCAAUAUUUUUCGUAUUAUUAUUGUUAUUGAAAAUAAAGUGUGUAAUGAGGAAUAUGUAUGAGAGCUGGAUUAAACUGUGAUAUCAAAUGAA